UUUUUUUAUUACCUGGCUAAAGCAGGGAACGACGACAACUGACCGAGCGAAUUAUCCGGAAUGAGAAAAAUUGCAGCAGUUUCUGGCUAUAAAGAGCCUUUGAAGGCAAGCAUGUCCCAAGUCUAAAAUGGAGGAGAAAGCAGGGGAAGGGCGGAAGGUAGUGAUGGUGACAGGGGCGUCUUCAGGGCUUGGAAGGGAGUUUGCUUUGAAUAUGGCAAAGCGGGGGUGGAAUGUGGUGGCCACAGCUCGAAGGCGGGAACUCCUGCAAUCUGUGUGUGCGGAGAUUGAGCAGUUCGGCGUCAAGGCCUCCGCUGUCCAGCUUGAUGUCAGCCACCCCUCCGCUGCUGUUGAUGCCGCUGUUGGAAUCGCUUGGCAAUGCUUUCACAGAAUCGAUGUGCUUAUUAAUAAUGCUGGUUUCAGAGGUGAUGUACACGAGUCUUUAGAUUUGUCAGAGGAUGAAUGGAACAAAGUUGUUACAACAAAUUUGAGAGGAGCUUGGUUGGUAUCCAAGGCUGUGGGAAUAUGCAUGCGUGAUGCAGGGCGAGGAGGUUCAAUUAUUAAUAUUUCAUCCAUUGGUGGCCUCUCGCGUGGGGAGUUGCCUGGAGGAAUUGCAUAUAAUGCUUCAAAGGCAGGCAUAAAUACAUUGACAAAGGUUAUGGCAUUGGAGCUUGGAAAGUACAACAUCCGUGUUAAUUCCAUUGCACCAGGACUUUUCAGAUCUGAAAUUACUGCUGGGCUGAUGGAGAAAGAUUGGCUCAACAAUGUAGCAGAAAAGACUGUCCCUCUAAAAACUUGGGGUCAGAUAGAUCCAGCGAUGACCUCUAUUGUACAUUUAUUAGCUAGUGACUCCUCUGCAUAUAUAACGGGAAAUAUCUUUAUUGUUGAUGGGGGUGCGACACUACCUGGUGUUCCACUUUAUUCUUCUCUUUAAUAUAGUUUGCAAAUGGAUGUCAAUGAUACAUCAUUUGAUUAAAUUUAAAUUUGAAAACUGCAAUAGUAUGACAAUUUCUAGUACA